UAGCGCGCGCAAAGCGCGCGUUUGUAGUGCUAGUCAUUUAAAAAAUGGAUGUAAUGGCGCUAAUGUUCCACGUUAAAGAAGGCCGGGAUGGCCUAUCUCAUGCUUCUCUCUGAUCGACGACGUCGGAGAAGCAUUUGGUGACUUUGGUGUGAUUCUAACCUAAUGUAUGGAGCACGUUGAUUUUAUUUGUAUCAUAUUUGUUGCAUAUUGUGUUAUUUAUUAACGAGUUGUGACUAAUUUACGUUUAUUAUAAUAACACAUUUUUGACACAAUGGCUAAAGCACAUACUACUAAUAAAGCCCCGCGAAAGCAGGGCUUUAAGCAUUCGGGACACAGUAUGAAUCCCGAACGUCCUACAGAAGGAUUGAAGGGGGUAGCUAAGGUACGGACGAAAGCAACUAUUAAAAGAUUGCAGAUGUAUCGCAAUCAGAGACCAAAACGCAAUCGUGCUGGAAAGAUUAUUAGCCCCGCGCCGUUUCAAGGCUGGAACACUUCUGGAACCAUGUCGCGUGUGGAGCCGUCCCAAAGGUGGUUUGGUAAUUCGAGAGUCAUCUCGCAGAAUGCUUUGCAAAAAUUCCAAAAUGAAUUAGGAACCGCCAUGAAGGAUCCUUACAAGGUCGUCAUGAAACCCACUCAAUUGCCCAUAACUUUGCUUCAGCAGAAGGCGGCAAACGCCAGGGUACAUCUGUUGGACACAGAGAGUUUCGAAAGUGUUUUCGGUCCCAAGAAGGUUAGAAAGAGGCCGAAUUUGGCAGCAACGUCGUACAAUGAAUUGAAGAAACUGGCCGAGAACAGCGAAGACACUUACGACAAAGAGAAAGACUCCAAGGACCACGAUCUUGUUCGCGAGGAUACUGGCGUGAAGGACGCGCAGAGAGACUGGGUCAUGGCGGCGGGACAGAGCAGAAGGAUCUGGAACGAGUUGUAUAAAGUCAUCGACUCCUCCGACGUUAUUCUGCAGAUACUGGACGCAAGGGAUCCGAUGGGGACUAGAUCUCCGCCCGUGGAGAAAUAUCUGAAAACCGAGAAACCCUACAAGCACCUGAUGUUUAUCCUGAAUAAGGUGGAUCUAGUGCCGACGUGGGUCACGCAGAGGUGGGUGGCGAUCCUGAGCAAGGAGUAUCCAACGAUCGCCUUUCAUGCCUCCUUGACGCAUCCCUUCGGCAAGGGCUCCUUGAUAAAUCUGCUACGGCAAUUUGCGAAAUUGCACGUUGACAAGAAACAGAUCAGCGUGGGUUUCAUAGGGUAUCCCAAUACAGGGAAGAGCUCCAUCAUAAACACCUUGCGCUCCAAGAAGGUCUGCAAGGUGGCCCCUAUAGCCGGCGAGACAAAGGUGUGGCAGUACAUAACUCUCAUGCGUCGCAUCUACUUGAUAGAUUGUCCCGGUGUCGUUUAUCCGUCGUCGGAGACCGACACGGAGAAGGUGUUGAAGGGAGUCGUGAGGGUGGAGCUCGUUCAGAAUCCGGAAGAUUACAUCGCUUCCGUCUUGGAGAGGGUGAGACCCGAGUACAUUCGUAAGACAUACAAGAUAAACGUAUGGACGGAUCAUGUCGAUUUCCUGGAAAAAUUGGCGCGUCGAAGCGGCAAGCUUCUGAAGAAGGGAGAACCUGACAUCGCGAUCGCCGCGCGUAUGGUACUCAAUGAUUGGCAGCGCGGUAAAUUACCUUUUUAUGUUCCACCCGUGGGCUAUGAAGAACCGUUAUCAGAUCAAACAGCUAGUACAAGUGGAACGGUUAUCGCACAAGAUAAUGCAUUGAAAAUCACUGAUAACACAGAGGCCCAAAAGACUGAUAAUUUAUCCUCGAAAGAGAUAAUAAAGAGCCAGCUAACAGUGACACAAGAUUUUAGAAAAAUACGCGUUGGAUUGCCCUAUUCGGGUAAUGAUAUUAAGAAUCUAGAGCAGGACAAGUCUUUCAGUGAAAGUAUCGCAGAGGAUGAUAGUAGUGUAGAAAGCGGGUCGGAAUUGGAGAACUCGGCUUCGGAAUUGAAAGAUGCGAAAAUAAAAAAUAAUUCGAGUACACCAAAAGAUAAAUCUGAUAAUUUGCAAAAGAUAGAAAAUCCGGACAAUCAAAGCAAUAAAGAAAGUUCUUCAAACAAUGAUAACGUUAUCAAUGAUAAAACAGAUAAAUCUGAUAUGGAAGAAAACAAUGAAUACUCAGAUUCGGAAAUUCUUUUACCUAUCGAACAGGAUAACUUAAAACAGAGCAUAUUCGAUGUCAUAGAUAAUGAAUAUGAUUCUAGCGAUACCGAAAUGCUUCCUUCUAAAACAAGUAGUGAUAUGCAAAGUGUUUCGUCAAUGUCUCGUAGAAAAACGAAAGAAAAAUUAACGAGCAAACAGCGAAGAGCUAUAGAACGCGCGAGUAAGAGGAAAAAGAUCGGAAGUAAUUUCUAUGAAGUCACGAAUGUCAAGAACAGGAAUAAGAAUAGGAAAGUCCCCAAGGUCAAGAGAAAAUAAUAAAUCUAUAUUUUAGAGUGAAUUACAUCGAUUUUACUCAAACAUUUAUAAAACAGCAAAAA